AUGACAAAGGUUCUCAACCCAAAAUACAAAGCCCCAAGCAGAGAAAGCUUAACCAACCACUUGAUCCCUGCUUGGUAUGGUGUUGAAAAGGGAAAUUUGAUCUCUGAGCUGAAAACGGUGUCGAAGGCAGCUAUCACGGCUGAUGGAUGGACAAGUUUUAGUCAGGAUCAUUAUCUCACAGUUACUCUGCACUAUGUAAGCAAUGGCCAGGCAAAGGAAAAGGUCCUAAAAACCAAAGCAGUGUACCAAGCUCAGACAGGCUCAGCUGUAGCAGAGGAGAUUGAUGACAUCCUAGAGGAAUAUGGUGUACGGCAAAAGGUUGUGGCUGCAACCGUCGACAAUGCAGCGAACAUGGAUGUAGCCAUCAAACAGCUGCAAAUUGUGAAAUUUCCAUGCUUUGCUCAUACACUUAACCUGGGAGCGCAGAAGCUGUACAAUUGCACUGCAAUUUCCAAUUGGGCAGCACGAGUUCGAGCAGUCAUUGUUUGGAUGAAGAGGUCCCACAUGGCAAAAGUUGUUCUUAAAGAGAAACAAGACUUGCUCAAGCUGCCCAAGCACAUGCUCCUCCUGGAUGUAAGGACCAGGUGGAAUUCCCUCUAUUUGAUGAUGGAGAGAUUCUGCGAGCAGUUCCCUGCUAUCCAGGCUGCAGCCAUAGACCCACGCAUAAGAAAGCCCAUGGAGAAGGAAAGGUUGGCCAAAAUAGGCAACGAGGACUUAAGAAAAGCAGAGGAGUUUGUGCAGCUCAUGCGGAAGCAUUACACCUCCACACUGGCCGUCUCUAGCGACAAAAGUCCAACCUGCGGUGAGAUUUUGCCCAUCUUGCAGAAGCUGGAGCAACAGUACACUGUGCAGGAAGGUGACUCUGCUUUCACAAGGAGCAUCAAAGAGAACAUUUGGAAUGAUCUCUCCAAACGCUACCAGGGAACUGAUAUUCAGAGAUUCCUGGAGGAAGCCACCAUCUUGGACCCAAGAUUUAAAUACAAAGUGAGAAGUGAUGAAGUCUGGGACAGGAUCAGGGAAGCUGCAAUCACAGAAAAUAUAGUGGCAGCAAGAGAUGAGCUCCCAAAGGAAGGGGAGACACAGAGGGGAGGCUCCGAAGAUGGGGAGGAGGAAAAAGACUAUGCACUGCCACCACCAUCAAAAAAGACAGCCUUGGAAGAACUAUUCGAGGAGGAGGACAACGAGCUGCGGUCAAUUUGUGAAUCACAGCCCCGUCUUUCCCUGGCCCAGAAGGUGGAUCAAGAAAUCCAGCUCUACAAAAGCCUGCCCUCCAUCCCCUGCAGGGAUAGCGCCACACUGUGGUGGUGGAACAAGCAGGAUACACUGCCCUUGCUAUCUGGACUGGCUGAAAACUACCUCUGUGUGCAGGCUUCCUCCACCCCAUCUGAGAGGGUGUUCUCCACAGCUGGAGACACCAUAAGCCCCGAAAGAUCCCGUAUCCUUCCAAAAAAAGCAGAUAUGCUCAUCUUUCUGCAAAAGAACUGUUAA